CCAGCCCCGCCCCUUCCCCCGCGGCCACAGUCGGGUCCGGCGGCGGCUGGGGCCUGCAGCAGGGCGCGGAGCGGAAGAUACUUUCUCCACAUUUGGAUGUUGUAUAGCAAUCAAUUUCUUAGCUAUUAGUCCUCUUGCUGAUAUUGAAGAUUACCUCUAGUAAGUUGGGUGGGCCAGGGCUCUUUCUAGUAUUUUCAACAUGUAAACAUUUUAUGCAUUUUGGGGAGAACUCCAGAGUCUCCCCCCAAAAGCCCACUUCAGGGGUAAUCUCCAACAAAAGAUGGCAGGAUUUGGCUCUAGAAAUGCCACUUUCUGUGUCAUGUCGACCACUUGACAGUGACUCAAAGUGCUGAUCGUCCCUCCUUAUGGGGUGAACUCCAUUACUCUUCUAUCCCAAGGAAUGAGGCUGAAGCAAAAUGAAUGAACAUCCUAAAAAGAGGAAAAGGAAGACUUUACAUCCUUCACGUUACUCAGAUUCUUCAGGUGUCAGCAAAUAUAUAGACAACAAUGGAAUAUUUUCUGACCACUGCUAUAGUGUCUGUUCUAUGAAACAGCCAGACAUAAAAAUUUCUGAAAACAGAGGUAGAUUCCAUGCUCCUGCACAGACCCUAGAUACUGAUGAUGAUGGCAGCCCAGUGCAUGCCGGGACAUCUCAUUGGAGUGGGGCACAGUCGAAUGUCAUGGGGUUGCCCUUUACAGACCCAAAAAAGAAAGAGAAAAGUGCCAAUAAUGGAAUUUAUAAAGACAUGUGCGAGUCUCCUAUAUUCGGAGACAGUCCAACUGAAGAGGAGAAACCCAUAGAUAUUCAAACCAUAGAAAUUUCGACUACAGAAGUUAAUGCUGUAGAAGUUCAUGAUAUAGAGACGCAAACUGUUUCACCUGAAAAGCUAGAAGUCGAAGACAUUGAAGAAAUGCCUGUUGAAAGCUGUAAACUUUUUGAGAAGAACCAGGCUUUGAAUAUCACUGCUCAGCAGAAGUGGCCUUUGCUGAGAGCCAACAGUAGUGGCCUAUACAAGUGUGAGCUGUGCGAGUUUAAUAGCAAGUACUUCUCUGAUUUAAAGCAGCAUAUGAUCCUGAAGCAUAAGACAUGUACAGAUACCAAUGUCUGCAGAGUAUGUAAAGAGACUUUCUCCAGCAAAGUUCUGCUGAUUGAACAUGUAAAAAUACAUGAGGAAGAUCCCUACAUCUGUAAAUACUGUGACUACAAAACAGUGAUAUUUGAGAACCUCAGUCAGCACAUAGCAGAUACUCAUUUCAAUGACCAUCUUUAUUGGUGUGAGCAGUGUGACGUGCAGUUCUCCUCGAGCAGUGAGCUGUACCUACACUUCCAGGAACACAGCUGUGAUGAACAGUAUCUGUGUCAGUUUUGUGAGCAUGAAACCAAUGAUCCAGAAGACUUGCAUAGCCAUGUGGUGAAUGAGCAUGCAUGUAGAUUAAUAGAGUUAAGUGAUAGCUAUAGCAACAAGGAGCGUGGACAGUACAGCCUCAUAAACAAAAUUAGCUUUGACAAAUGCAAAAACUUCUUUGUAUGCCAAGUGUGUGGCUUUAGGAGUAGGCUGCAUACGAAUGUCAACAGACAUGUAGCUAUUGAACACACCAAAAUAUUCCCCCAUGUUUGUGAUGACUGUGGGAAAGGCUUUUCAGGUAUGUUGGAAUAUUGCAAGCAUUUAAAUUCUCAUUUAUCUGAAGGGAUUUAUUUGUGUCAAUAUUGUGAAUAUUCAACAGGACAGAUUGAAGACCUUAAAACUCAUUUGGACUUCAGGCAUUCAGCAGACUUGCCUCAUAAGUGUACCAAUUGCUUAAUGAGGUUUGGAAAUGAAAAAGAUCUUAUAAGUCACCUUCAGAUACAUGAGACAGCUUGAUGUUUUUUCUUCUGUAGUCAAUUUAUUAGAAUUAAAAUGUAUUUUCCAAUGUGUCAUAUGGUAAUAUUAAAUACAGUUAUAAUAGAGA